AAAUAUUCAUCUGGCAACACUGGUUGUGAUGCAGUUACAGAACAAAUAAUACUGGGAUGCUGCCAUGCAGCCUUUAUUUUCCUCCUGGAAGGUUUUAUCUGUUUGUAUUGUUGUGAUCGGCUUUGCUUUUGUCUGUUUUUGUAUACUGCUGUGGAUGUGCGUUGUGAUGACCAUUGCUUACCUUACUCACAGAACAAUAAUACCUACAAAACCAACAGAGUCUUAUGUCUAACGUAAAAACUGAUAUUCAUAUAAAACUGCAAACAUAAGAUAAAAGACAGGACAGUAACCAACAUUAUGGUUGAAGAAAUUGUGAACACCAGUAACUCAAAGAAGGCAACAAACAAUAGACCAAAAUCUGUAUACUCGUGGAAUGUAACAGAUGUUCAGAAAUGGCUAAGAAGGCACUGCAGUGAUUACUACCAGUUGUAUGCAGAGAAUUUUAUCCAGCAUGACAUAACAGGUCGCACACUGUUGAGGAUGAAUGACAACUCACUUUUGAGACUGGGGAUAACGAAUGAUGUCCACAGGGAGGCGAUUUGGAGGCAAAUUUUAAAAUUGCGCUUGAAGACUGAUAUUAUGGAGAUAAGGGAUAUGCAAAGGAGGAACACAAACAAUAUGUUUUAUGAUUAUUCUAUUGCUUGAAUUAUGAAAAUUAUAACUUUAAUUCUAUCUUAUAAUGUUACAUAAGUUGUUAAAGCUUUAAUAUGGAAUAAGCAGUAAAAUAAAUGACACUAUAUAUUAUGAGAUAAGAUUUGCUGUAGACAAAAAAUACUAUAUUAAUAUCUUAUACAGCUUAGUAGAGUAUAUUUCAACAGUUGUUUAUGGGUGGCAAUGUUUGCUUUACUUGUAGUAAUUGCUGUAUAUUUAUUCUAAUGCAUAUAAGAGAACAAAAAUAGCUCAAAUGGUAAUCAAAAUAAAUCAUCAAAAACUACUAUUCUAUUGUGGUUAAUGUGUAGGUUUAGCUGGUUGUUGAACUCUUGGUCCAGCAUAUUUAGCAUUUGAUCACAAGUCUUCUCUUUUUGAUGCAUUAGUUUUUCCCAGUAAUUUUUGUCAGUAGGUUAGACCUAUUUAUAAGGCAAAUAGUCAAGAGUGUCAUGUCUCUUUUAGGAAUAUAUGUAGAACUCCAAUGAACUGUAUUGGUUCAUUCAUAAGAUAGAAAUUUUUCACAAAUAAAUCACUAUGCCCAAAGACUUAUCAUGUACCCAAAGGACGAACAAAGAAGUUUGGGAAUAUUUUAUUUAUAUAUUGGAUUGAACCAUUGAGGAAGAUUCCAGUUCAAGUUUAAAAAAAAAUAUACUUAAAAAAUAAGUUUUUGUUCUUCCUGAAGCUUCCACUGUUUUAAAAUUAUGUAUUAUUAAAUAUGAUUAUUCAGAUGUAUUUUCAUGUUUUCCUUAUCCUGUUAUUUAUGAAACCUGAAUUAUAUCAUUUGCAAAACUUUUACAUGGGGCAAAUAAACAUUAAAGUAUAUUGUUCAAAAAUGCUUUAAUUAUCAUCAUUAGACACUGUAACAUCUUUAUGUAACUGUUUCUCUGCUGCA